GUGUCGCCGCCCCCUUGUCUCCUCCCCGUGCGUCUCUCACCAAAGUUUGACCUCCAGUACCAGUGACUAAUUCUCGCCAAGCCUUCACUGUGCUGGCUCUUUGUGGGACUGAAACCGACGCUGUGCUGAAUCUAAUCCCCUUUUAUGAUGCUUUAGUGAGAUCUCAGAUAACUAUUAAAAACGCGACAAGGGCCGGGCACAGCACAAAGGACACGCAACAAAGACCCUUGGGAAAUACUGCAAUAAGGACGUUGUAAUUAUCACGGGCGAGACAUCACAAGAAGAGCACGGGAAGAUAAUUCAAAAGUGUAAUAAACGAGGCUUUUUCUUCUAUUGCAUCGAGCGAGUGAGGAAAAGAAAGAGAGAAAGUGAGACAGAGAAAAGGGUGAAGACUUAAUAAUAGAUAACUCUGUGUGACGUUCCACAGACGCGUUUCUGUGACGUGUGUUGCAAGUUUUCCCUCGCCAGUGUUGUUACCAAGUCCUCGAAACCUCACGGAUUUUCUGCUAAAGCGCUUCUCCUCGACCUCCACCGCCCCGCCUGGCUACACCAUGGGCGUGGGGGCGUGGCGGUGGGCGGCGCUGCGGGCGUGUGUGGCUGUGUGGGCGUGCACAGCUACCACCACCAUCACUGCCACACCCGCAAGACCGAAUGUGGUGGAGGAGGUGCCUGGCCUUGAUGUGGGUCCUUUGGUAGCAGUGAGUGUGGCGCGAGGGGGCGUGGCCAGACUGCCCUGUCGAUACCCAUUGGUUCCAGAUGACACCAUUAACUUAGUGCUUUGGUACCUCAACCACACCUCGCGUCCCAUUCUCAGCUAUGACGCCCGUGCCAGCCUGGAGCGCGGCACGAUAGGGCGGGGCGUGGGUGCCAGAAUGCUGCUAGGCGGGGGCGGCACCUCUCUCCUAAUUCGCAACGUGCAUAGAAAGGAUGAAGCCGAGUACAGGUGUCAGGUGCACUUCAGACUGUCUCCCACCUGGACACAGAGACUCCUGCUACGUGUGCCAGACCGAGUGUGGGAGGUGAUACUGACAGACGGGCAGGGACGACCGCUGGAGGGCAGAACAGUCGGACCGCUGCAGGAGGGAGCCUCUCUGAACCUCGCCUGCCAAGCUAACCACGGAUCCUCAGAGGUGACGAGUCUAGUGUGGCUGCUGGAGGGCGAGGUGGUGGACGCAACGUGGGCCUCAGCGGAGAAGGGCGUCGCUAUAAACCAGGUAACGCUAAGUGACCUGAGGGAGGAGCACAGGAACGCCCAGCUCACCUGUCGCCUCACCUCACGAGACCCAGAGAGAGGACACGUGAGGGAGAACAUAACAGAUGCUUCUACUAUGAUCACCAUGUACUACGUGCCGGAAGCCGAAUUGGUGGUGGAAGGGGGGCGGAGAAGUGGAGGUGGAGGCAGGGAGGUGGUGGAGGGACGCAGUGUAAGCUUCUGUUCCGUGAGAGCUGAUCCACCUGCCUACAACAUCACCUGGCUCCAUAACGGGCGUGUGAUGGUGGUCGGGGGGCGGCGGUGGCGGAGAGACAACGCUUCCCUGGUGGUGACGCCGGUACGCAGAGAGGACGCGGGUUUGUACACCUGUCUUGCGUCCAACAUUGAAGGGGAUGGUCACUCCAACGCCGUGCAGCUCAGAGUGGCACACACACCAUACUGCUCAGGACGCCCCCACAAACACCUGGUCGUCUCGUCACAGGACAACGUCACCCUUACUUGUGAAGUAGAGGCGGUACCUGAUGACCUUGACUUCACCUGGAGGCUUGUCCCGCCCCCAGCCACGCCCCCGAACCUCAAGGGAACCGUAGGGGGCGAGAACCGGGGUGGAAAUCUCAUAACAAGAGGAGGUACACAAUUUGGGCCACCUCCUCUGCCCUCCCUCAUGGACCUCCCACCAGAUUACGCCCCAGGAUACCCCCCAGACCCCGAGCCAUGGGUAACCCCCGCUCAAAACCCAUGGGAAAUCCCCCUAGGGAAUUCUAUGGAGGAUUUAGGACCGCCAGGGGACAGAAUGGGUCGCCUUCUUCGCCAUCGAGUCGACCCUUCUUCUCCAACCAGGUCCAGUGUUACUCUUGUUCCCAAAAGCCCAGUUCAAGUGUUGUGCUUUGCCAAGAACCGAGUAGGACGAACCAGAGUGCCCUGUACGUACACCCUCUCCGUGGUGGAACCUCCCCAGCCACUCCAGGACUGCAACAUCACAUCAAUAUUAGAAGCUCUACUGGAGGUGAAAUGCGACGCCCACGCCCACGCCCGCGCCGCCCAUGGCCAGGAAGACGCCACCCACGCCCAGCUGUCGCCCAGUGCCAGCUUUGUGCUUUCCCCUGAAGCUGGUGCCAAGGCCAAUCUUGAGGUGUGGUCAGAGGGCAAACUACUGGUAAACGUGAGCAACCCGCGGCCUGUCUUCCUAGUGAGAGGCCUUCCUCCUGCCGCGCCUCUCGAAUUAGUGCUAUACUCCGCCACGCCCCACGCCAAGUCCACGCCCGUCUACCUCCACACACGCACUCUACCACGCUCCACCUUCCCCGUGACAGCCCUGCCCCCUUCGCCAGGUCCAGAAAGUCGGGAAAUGGAAGAAGCUACAUUAACUACUGACGGAGGCCUCGGCGGGGGGCUGGGCGUGGCUAUCGGGGGGCUGGUGGGCGGCGUGGGGCUGACUCUGCUGGUGCUGGUGCUCGUUAUCCUCCUCAUGCGCCGCCGCCAGAGACGAAGGGCGGCGCUGGAGGACCUGGUGGCGGCUCCUGCUAGUGAAGCCAUUGAAACUCCGAAGGUGGUGGAAAAGGCAGUGGAGGUGGAGGCGGUGGUGGCGGAAUCACUUGAGCUUCCUAUCACCCCACGCCCUCCCAGCACGCCACGCCCGCCACACACGCCACGCCCGCCACACACACCCCGCCUCACGCGCCUCCCACAGACACCUCCUCCGCCAAAGAGUGAGUGUGUGGUUCAUCAGAGUGUCCCUCCACAGGUGUUGAGGCGAGGCAGCGAGACAGGAACAGUGUGCAGUCAGGAGAGUGUUGUUGACCUCACUAAGGCAGCGGGAAUCGAGGUCACAGUACGAGGGGUCACAGGCACGUCUCCUAAGGUCAAAUGAGGUCAAAUCUAAUGUCAGCGUUAUGCCUCACGAGUUUACCAGCAUUCUCCUCUUCCUCCUCCUCCUCCUCCUCCUCCUCUUCUUUCCUCCUCCUCCGGCACUUGUUUCUUAAUGUGCGUGCGUGCGUGUGCGUGUGUGUGCGUGCGUGUGUGCUUGGCGGGACGAGGAGUGUUGUUUUAUUAUGUAUAUUUUGUAAUAAAGUUUUAUAU